AUGGCCAGCGCCAACCAACCGGAGUUCGCGUGGCUACUGGAGUCGGGCAUCGAGGACAUCGAGGCGCGCCAGUCACCACCCACGAAUGGUGGAUCUCGGCUUCGUCUCCUUGCCCUCGUCCCGGUGGCGCUCUUUUCGCUCUUCGCCACAGGCCACACGAAGCCAGGCACCGUGCUGGAUGGAGGCUGGCUCCAGCUCUCCGAGUCUCUCUUCGAGCCGGUGGACGGUGGUCUGGAUCGUGCUUGCCGCGGAGCCAGCAGCAACGACAACCAAGGCUGGUACUUCAACGUGGUUUCUGCGGCUGACUUGGCUUCUUGCCAAUUGAUGUGCUUGGAGACGGUGGGCUGUGCGGGUGUGGAGUACGCCGACGCCAUCGACCGCUGCGAGAUUUGGACUCGGCCAGAAGGCAUUCAGGCGUCCCGCAGCUCGCAGGGGUCGGUGUGCUUCAGGCGAGUGGGGGUCUUUGAGCCCGUGGACGGUGGCAUCGAACGCGCUUGCCGAGGGAGUAAUGCAUAUGACAACAGCCCGAGCUACUUCGAGGUGCGAGUGGUUCAACUGCUGCAAGACUGCCAGAAGGAGUGCCUGCAGACCCCACAGUGCACGGGCAUCGAGUUCUCCAUCGGCCGAUGUGAAGUCUGGACUCGGCCCGAAGGCAUCGAGGCAUCCAUUGCUUUGCCGGGCUUUUCGUGCUAUAGGGCAGAGAGCUUCGCAACCACUCUGACCGCAACGAGCUCAAUGACCUCAACGGCGACAUUCACCAGUUUCUCCACUUCGGCAACCAGCACUGCAACCUCAACUGCCACAAUGACGGGUACAAGCACGACAGUCACGACUGAUACAGCCACGACCACGGGCACGAUUACGGCCACCAGCACAGCCACUAGCACCACACCUCUUGCAACGACUCCAGCCAGCACCGUUCCCACAACGGAUGUCUUCUUCCGGGGCAUCGAUGGCGGGGUUGACCGAGUUUGCAGGGGCGCAACUUCGACGGACAACAACCCGGCCUAUUAUGAUGAUGCCUACACCGUUGCCUCGUUGGAGGAGUGUCAGGAUCUGUGCAAGGCGGACUCAGCCUGCAUUGGGGUGGAAUUCAGUGGCAGCCGAUGCGAGAUUUGGAUUCGCCCAGAUGGGAUCCGCGUCACCAACAGUGCCGCUGGCUUUGAGUGUUUGGAGGCGCUGGUCUGGAGCCCCGUGGACUCGGGCGAGGGCCGAGCCUGCCGGGGCGACUCGCCGGGGGACAACCUGCCGAGCUACUACGAGGUGCAAGUGGUGCAGUCACUGGAGAGCUGCCAGCAGCUGUGCUUGGCGUCUGAAGCAUGCCAGGGGGUGGAGUACUCGCCGGGCCGGUGCGAGCUUUGGAGCCACAGCAUUUGGUCCUCCAUCAGCUUGGCCAACUUCCAGUGCUACCGCCUGGUCAAUCGAAAGAGGGAGGCCUUCAUCGCAGAGGUGACCGCCAACACCUGGCCAGUGCUGGGAUUCGAUGCGGAGUGCCGCGGCAGUUCCAGCGAGGAGGACUUAGCCCAGCACAAAGGCGUGGUCCAAGCCGCCUCCCUCCAGCGCUGCCAGGAGCGCUGCCUGGAAAACACCCUCUGCCAAGGGGUGGAGUACCACCUCGGCCGCUGCGAACUUUGGAUUCGCCCAGAGGGCAUUGGCAGUACCGCCAAUGCGGAGAACCACAUUUGCAUGGGACGGCCCAGCUCUCUGCCACCGGGGGAAGUUCAGACGAAGUACGUGGUGCACUACAUGCCAUGGUUCCUUUCGCGGGAGGGUGGCUUCUACGACCACUGGUGCGUGGGCAACGCUCACUAUGAAAGCGUGUUUGGGACCUACAACCUGAGCGACCGGGACAUCGUGAGGCAGCAAUUGGACCUCAUGAAGAAUUCAAGCAUCGACGGCUUGUGGAUUGACUACCAACUGGCAUCUUGGAACGCUGUGGUUGACGUGAUCAUGGAAGAAACCGCUGCACGCGGUAUGGGGGUGGCGAUCGUCAUUGAUGAUGCCGUAAACCCCAACAUCUUCGCCGAAGUCGGCACUAAGAUGAUAGAAUGGACAAGCUUCUCCCACUACUACCGUCACGGCGGUAUUCCGAUAGUUCCAGUGUUCAACACGGCAAACGCUAUCUUCACCCCCUUGCCGUUUGAGGCCUACUACAUGGCAAGGCGUGAACUUGCACGUCCUGACUGGGCAAUGGAACAUAUCCAUGGAUCGCAGGAACCCUGGAGUGGCUGGAACGAUACUACGAAGAUGAUCAUGGCCUCUCAUCCUUUGCUGUGGGCUCAGCAUAUCGGGGAUUCCGGGACUGCUACAGUGACAGAGUCCUGGCCCCCGGCUUCCUUGAAAUGCUUGAGCCCUCACUGA